AUUGUGAGAAAUCAAAUGCGAAAAAGGCCAACGUUUGCGAUUUAAUUUUCGAAGCCAGUAGUUAGCUGUCAGUGGUCCGUCGUCUCUUGCGGUUAUUAGCGGUCUGUGACGAGCGGGAUGUUGCGGGCGAUAUAUGCAGGAACCAAAUUGCUCACGUCCACGGCAGCGGCCCUGCCGAAAUUAACCGUGAAUAACACUCCUUUAGUGUUCAAAGCUUUCGAAAGACAUUUCGGAUGGCUGCCUCAACGACAAAACCUUCUUAGCAACCCGGCCGCGCAGUACUUACAGAAUGUAGACUCGCGGACGGUUACGAAAUAUUCCAUGCGAGAUGGAACUCGCAAAUCCGUCAAGGCGGUGUUGAGAAGGUUUUACCGAUUGAACUGGGGCGCGUGGAUCAGGACGAAAGCUGGACGUCACAAGAAACUUUGGAAGAAGAGCCCCCCGAGGAGACGCAGGUUGCGUCAGCACGUGUUUUGCAACGCCACCCAAAGUCGCUUGCUGGAUAAAAUGGUGACUAGUUACUGGAAGAGGCCCAAGUAUUACGUGGACGACAUUUACGAGCCAUAUCACACUAGAGAGGAGUUUCUGUUUACCUCGAAAAAGCCCAGGCCGUAUAUACCACCCGAGCAGUAGUUUGUUAUCAAAUUGUUGAGGGAACAUAAUUUUUUCAAAUAAAAUACUAGCACUAGGGUUAUUUAUUAGUUUCUAACAAAAGCAAAUCCUAACCUAUACACGGACGCAAGGAGUCAUUAACACAAAAAGGAUCGUUGCAAAGUUACACACACAAACCGUAAAUAUUAGUGAAACAUUGGCUGAAACAUUCGAAGCCAAUGCAAAAUGCAAAAUACUUAUUGACUCGG